AUGCGGCUUCCCUACCUGAGUAUGCCCAUGGGGAUAGGAUCAGGAAGCCCACCAGAACAGUCCGGCUUCCGUCUCCACAGAAACACCCAUGAUGUCUUCGUCCAAAUCGUAAACCACAUCACAGACAUCUACCGCCAUCGGCAGGUCAUGACAUCCCUCUUCCUGGAUCUGGAGGGACCUUUUGGUACCGCACCACGCAAGGGCUUUUUAUACAAGAUGACCAAGAAAGGCAUCACAGGGACCACCUUCACCUGGAUUAAAAGUUUCUUCAGUGACAGAUCCUUUGGCUUCAACCACCUUUAUCCCUCGACACACAAAGAAAUGCGUCCCUCAGGGAUCCUCCAUCAGCCCACUCUUCAACAUACUCCUCUCUUACUUCCACAUCCCUUCCAGUUUUAA